GUCUGUCACGGAAGAUCACACGUCCUCCGGUGUAGAUGACCAAAAUGGAUAUUCGGGGCGCCGUGGAUGCCGCCGUUCCCACGAACGUCAUCGCCGCCAAGGCCGCGGAAGUCCGUGCCAACAAAGUGAACUGGCAGUCCUACCUGCAGGGCCAGAUGAUUUCUGGUGAAGACUGUGAAUUCAUUCAGAGGUUUGAAAUGAAGAGAACUGCUGAGGAGAAGGAAGAGAUGCUCCAGGCUGAGGGCAGCCAGUGUGCCAAAACCUUCAUAAAUCUGAUGACCCACAUUUCCAAAGAGCAGACGGUGCAGUACAUCCUGACCAUGGUGGACGACAUGCUGCAGGAGAAGCACCAGCGAGUCGGCAUCUUCUUCGACUACGCCAAGCGCGGCAAGAACACCGCCUGGUCCUACUUCCUGCCCAUGCUGAACCGCCAGGACCUCUUCACCGUGCACAUGGCAGCGAGAAUCAUCGCCAAACUAGCCGCUUGGGGAAAGGAGCUGAUGGAAGGCAGUGACCUGAACUACUACUUCAACUGGAUCAAAACCCAGCUGAGCUCGCAGAGACUGCGAGGUAGCGGAGUCGCUGUUGAAACAGGAACAGUCUCCUCAAGCGAUAGCUCCCAGUACGUGCAGUGCGUGGCCGGCUGCCUGCAGCUCAUGCUUCGCGUCAACGAGUACCGCUUUGCCUGGGUGGAGGCCGACGGGGUGAACUGCAUAAUGGGCGUUCUGAGCAACAAGUGUGGCUUCCAGCUGCAGUACCAGAUGAUCUUCUCCAUCUGGCUCCUGGCGUUCAGCCCGCAGAUGUGUGAGCACCUGCGCCGCUACAACAUCAUCCCGGUGCUGUCCGACAUCCUGCAGGAGUCCGUCAAGGAGAAGGUGACCCGGAUCAUCCUGGCGGCCUUCCGGAACUUCCUAGAGAAGGCGACGGAGCGCGAGAGCCGGCAGGAGUACGCGCUGGCCAUGAUCCAGUGCAAAGUGCUGAAGCAGCUGGAGAACCUGGAGCAGCAGAAGUACGACGACGAGGACAUCAGCGAGGACAUCAAGUUCCUGCUGGAGAAGCUGGGCGAGAGCGUGCAGGACCUGAGCUCCUUCGACGAGUACAGUUCAGAACUGAAAUCUGGGAGGCUGGAGUGGAGCCCUGUGCACAAGUCGGAGAAGUUUUGGAGAGAAAAUGCCGUGAGAUUAAAUGAGAAGAAUUAUGAGCUCUUGAAGAUCCUGACAAAGCUCCUGGAGGUGUCCGAUGACCCCCAAGUCCUGGCCGUGGCUGCCCAUGACGUCGGCGAGUACGUGCGGCAUUACCCGCGGGGCAAGCGGGUCAUCGAGCAGCUGGGCGGGAAGCAGCUGGUCAUGAACCACAUGCACCACGAGGACCAGCAGGUGCGCUACAACGCGCUCCUGGCCGUGCAGAAGCUCAUGGUGCACAACUGGGAAUACCUCGGGAAGCAGCUGCAGUCGGAGCAGCCCCAGACUGCCGCCGCCCGGAGCUGAGCCGUGCCCGCCCGCCCACCGACGCUCCUGCCUGCCCUGCGACGGAGCGUCCGGAGUGGGAAUCUCAAGGGUCGGGGCCCAGAGAAAUCAUUUUUCUUUUGACUUGUCUCUUACUUCCGUUGUGUCGUUUUUUCCCAGUGCUGAUCUCCACAGUGUUUGCCCAUUGAGUAUAAGUGCUUUCUGUGUCUAAGGAGAAUACUACUGUUACAUAUACUGCUGAUGAUUUCUGUAUUUAUUGUUCUAUGG